AUGGCUCCUUCUCUUUUUCGUACUGUCGUUAUCGCCUGUUCUUCUUUAUCUCUCGCUGUUGCUAUCUCUCCCGGUUUUCCGUAUGGCAAUGAGAAGGUCCGAGGUGUUAAUCUUGGAGGUUGGCUUGUGCUCGAACCAUGGAUAACACCCUCACUAUUCGACAACACUGGAAAUAGCGCUAUAGUCGACGAGUACACAUUUUGUCAAAUGCAAGAUCGCGCGAUAGCUCAAUCCGUUCUGGAAGCGCAUUGGAAUAGCUGGAUUACCGAGUCCGAUUUCGAAGCAAUCGCUGACGCGGGGUUGAAUCAUGUUCGUCUUCCAAUUGGUUACUGGGCGUUUGAAGUUGGUCCGGGCGAACCAUACAUCUCUGGACAACUGCCUUACCUUCAAAAAGCUGUCACCUGGGCGGGUAAUCAUGGUUUGAAAGUUAUCGUAGAUCUUCAUGGUGCUCCUGGUAGUCAGAACGGUUUCGACAAUUCCGGUCAGCGCAUGGACUACCCAACAUGGCACUCCAAUGACACGAACGUUGCCCGUACUGAUGCUAUCAUCAAGACAAUCGCUGACAUGUUCAAGGACAAUCCAGGUGUGGUUCCCAUAAUCGCUCCUUUGAACGAACCUGCAGGCUUUGACGGCAGCAAUGUUCUGAGCGUCGUAAGACAGUACUGGAGAGACAGUUAUGGCAACAUUCGCUACCCUUACGGAUCCUCUCAGCAAAGCGACACCGUCGUUCUUAUUCAUGAUGCCUUCCAACCCUUGAACUACUGGAACGGCUUCUUGACGACUGCUGACAACAACGCUCAGGGCGUGGCUAUGGAUACGCACAUCUACCAGAUGUUCAGUGAUAGUGGUGUCGCCAUGUCGGAUGAUGAACACAUUCAAUCAGCCUGUGGUCAGAAAUCCACGUUGUCCGGGUUCGACCUUUGGCUCAUUGUUGGCGAGUGGACUCCUGCGAUGACCGACUGCGCAACGUAUCUCAACGGCCGAGGUAUUGGUUCGCGUUACGACGGCUCUUACUCCGGUUCUACGGCUGUGGGCAGCUGCACUGGCCUCACAGGUUCCGCGUCAAGCUUCAGCUCGUCCUACAAGACGUUUUUGAGAAAGAGCUGGGAAGCCCAGGCAAUCACGUUCGAAGCUGCUGGUGCUGGAUGGAUCCAGUGGACUUGGAAGGCUGAAAAUGCGGAUGAAUGGACAUAUCAGGCAGGCCUGAUAAAUGGCUGGAUUCCACAGAACCCGACGAGUUAUGAAUAUCCGAAUAUCUGUGAUUGA